CCGGCGCAGCGUUGCUCCCCUUACUCUCCCCGAGCCCGGUUGCCCGGGGCAACAGCGGCUUUCCUCUCCCCCCGUUCCCCCCGCCCCCAGCCCAGCCCCGCAGCGCCAUGUCGUGGGACCCGGUGAGCACCCUCUGCGAGCAGCUCGUGAAGGCGGUGACGGUGAUGAUGGACCCGGCCUCCACGCAGCGGUACCGCCUGGAGGCCCUCAAGUUCUGUGAAGAGUUUAAAGAAAAGAGCCCAGUAUGUGUUCCCUGUGGACUGAAGUUGGCCGAGAUAACACAGACUGCUAUUGUCAGACACUUUGGUCUUCAGAUUCUGGAGCAUGUGGUGAAGUUCCGGUGGAACAAUAUGGGUCGGCUUGAGAAAGUCUUUUUGAAGAACAGCGUUAUGGAGCUCAUAUCCAAUGGUACCCAGAAUAUUUUAGAAGAAGAAAGUCACAUUAAAGAUGUUCUCUCUCGCAUUGUAGUAGAGAUGAUUAAGCGUGAAUGGCCCCAGCACUGGCCUGACCUGUUAAAUGAGCUGGACACUCUCUCCAAACAGGGGGAGACUCAGACAGAGUUAGUGAUGUUCAUACUUUUACGACUGGCAGAAGAUGUGGUGACCUUCCAGACUCUGCCAGCCCAGCGACGACGUGAUAUCCAGCAAACUCUCACUCAGAACAUGGAGACUAUCUUUAGCUUCCUGCUCAACACCUUGCAGCAGAAUGUAAACAAAUACAGACGCAUGAAAAUGGAUGCAACACAGGAAUCAAAAGCACAAGCAAGUUGUCGAGUAGGGAUAGCAGCACUCAAUACUCUGGCCGGCUACAUUGACUGGGUGGCUAUGAGCCACAUCACAGCAGAUAACUGCAAGCUGCUAGAGAUGCUAUGUCUGCUCUUGAAUGAGCCAGAACUUCAAGUGGGAGCAGCAGAGUGUCUCUUGAUCGUGGUCAGCAGAAAAGGGAAACUGGAUGAUCGCAAGCCCUUGAUGGUUUUGUUUGGGGAUGUUGCCAUGCACUACAUCUUCUCUGCCGCCCAGACAGCAGAUGGUGAAGGCCUAGUAGAGAAGCACUAUGUUUUCUUAAAGAGACUUUGCCAAGUCUUGUGUUCUUUGGGUAGUCAGCUGUAUGCAUUGGUGGGCUCUGAUUCAGAUGUGGAAACACCUGUCAACCUUGGAAAAUACCUCGAGUCAUUUCUAGCUUUCACAACCCACCCCAGCCAGUUCCUACGCUCUUCCACCCAGAUCACAUGGGGAGCUCUUUUUCGGCACGAAGUCCUGUCACGUGAUCCUCUGUUGUUGGCUAUGAUUCCAAAAUACCUGCGAGCAUCUAUGACUAAUCUUGUGAAGGUGGGGUUUCCUUCCAAGACAGACAGCCCCAGUUGUAAAUAUUCUCACUUCGACUUUGACAGUGAUGAAGACUUUAAUUGCUUCUUCAACUCUUUCCGUGCACAGCAGGGAGAGGUGAUAAGGAUGGCAUGUCGCUUGGACCCUCGAACUGGCUUCCAGAUGGCUGGAGAAUGGCUGAAAUACCAGCUGUCCACUCCGGUUGAUAUUGGACCCGUGAACUCUAAAACUGGUGAAGGCCUCUGCUCCAUCUUUUCAGUUUCUUUUGUGCAAUGGGAUGCUAUGACCUUUUUCUUGGAGAGUGUCGUUAGCCCGAUGUUCCGGUUCAUGGAAAAGGACGAGAUCCCAGUAUCCGAUGGCAUAGAACUGCUACAACUUGUCCUCAGCUAUGAAACAAAGGAUCCCCUCAUCCUGUCCUGUGUCCUUUCUAAUGUUUCGGCACUCUUUCCAUUUGUCACUUACAGGCCAGAAUACCUGCCAGAUGUUCUUUCAAAGCUCUUUGCCUCUGUUACCUUUGAAGUUGUAGAAGAAAGUAAGGCCCCAAGGACCCGUGCAGUGAAGAAUGUGAGAAGACAUGCGUGUUCCUCAAUAAUCAAGAUGUGCCGGGAUUACCCUCAGCUUGUCCUGCCAAACUUUGACAUGCUGUAUAACCAUGUAAAGCAGCUGCUCUCCAAUGAGCUACUCCUGACCCAGAUGGAGAAGUGUGCUCUCAUGGAAGCCCUAGUCCUCGUCAGCAACCAGUUCAAGGACUACCCACGGCAGAAGGUUUUCUUGGAAGAACUCAUGUCUCCUGUCACAAACUUGUGGCUGUCUGAAGAAAUGAGGAGAGUCCUGACGAAUCCUGAAGAGUUUGUCCACUAUGUUGGUGCUGAUAAUAAACUUACAGACCCAGUCAUGGACGAUCCCUGUGGCCUAAACCGUUCUAGAAUAAGCUUUUGUGUGUAUACCAUUCUGGGCGUUAUAAAACGGGCUCGUUGGCCUGCUUCCUUGGAAGAGGCGAAGGCUGGAGGAUUUGUGGUUGGGUACAUGUCUAAUGGCAGUCCAAUCUACCGUAAUCCCUGCUCUGUGCAGGUCCUGAAACUGUUUGACAACUUGCUUGCGCUCAUAAGGACUCAUAACAAUCUGUAUAUGCCAGAGAUGGUGGCCAGGUUUGGGGAAACCUUUGCAAAGGCCUUAGACCUGCUGGAAGUGGAGAAGAAUGCCAUCCUAGGCCUUCCUCAGCCCCUGCUGGAAAUUUAUGACUCUCCUGUUUACAAAACAGUGUUGGAAAGGAUGCAGGGCUUUUUUUGUACCCUGUAUGACAACUGUUUCCAUGUCCUGGGGAAUGCUGGCUCAUCAAUGCAGCAAGAUUUCUACACAGUAGAGGGCCUAGCUACUGAGCUGCUCAACUCUGCUUUUCUCAACCUAAACAACCUCCCUGACUAUAGACUCCGCCCCAUGCUUCGUGUGUUUGUGAAGCCCUUGGUCCUUUCUUGUCCAUCUGAACACUAUGAAUCUCUUAUCUGUCCUAUACUUGGACCACUCUUCACCUACUUGUAUGUGAGGCUGUCCCAGAAAUGGCAGGUGAUCAACCAGCGAAGUGUGCUUUGCAGUGACGAAGAUGCAGCAGAUGACAACCCAGAAUCCCAAGAGAUGUUAGAGGAGCAGCUAGUUAGGGUGCUUACCCGAGAAGUUGUGGAUCUAAUUGCUGUUUGCUGUGUCGCAAAGAAGGGUGCUGAGCAGAACAGUGCUGUUGCUGCAGAUGGAGAUGAUGAGGAGAUGAUGUCUACAGAGGUGACUCCACCAUCUAAUUCUGAGCUCACUGAAUUGGGCAAGUGUUUGAUGAAGCAAGAGAACGUCUGCAGUGCGCUGCUGGUUACAGCCUUCACAUCCCUUUCAUGGAAGGAUACAUUGUCCUGCCAAAGAACUACCACAAAUCUGUGCUGGCCGCUGCUCAAAGAGGUGCUUACAAAGAACAUGAUGAUUCCUGAAGCAGUGAGCUGGUUUUUCAGAAGUGUACUGACAGGUUUACAAGUACAUGGGCAACACGACGGGUGUAUGGCAGCUCUCGUUCACUUGGCCUUCCAGAUCUAUGAAGCUUUGCGUCCACGGUAUGCUGAGCUGAAAGCAGUGAUGGAACAGAUUCCAGAAAUUCAGAAAGACUCCCUGGAACAGUUUGAUUCCAAGCUACUCAACGUAACGCUACAGAAAGUAACAGACAAGCGCCGGAAGGACCAUUUUAAACGCCUGAUCGCAGGCUGCAUAGGGAAGCCCCUUGGAGAGCAAUUUAGGAAGGAAGUUCAUAUCAGAAACCUUCCCUCUCUUUUCAAGAAGGUGAAGGCACCCCUAGAUACAAAUCCAUUGGAUAAUGAAGAUGGAAGCCUCAUUGCGCUCUUUGAGCAAUAGAAGCUCAGGACACUUUCACUACCCCCUUUUCUAUUCUGUGUUCUUUCACAGUAGCCAUUUGCCUACUUUGUCUACUCUUCCCCCUGUGUUUGGAUUCAGCUCUCUCACUGGCCCCCCAGCUCUUUCUGCUUCGGAGGCUGGAGGACUGAGUUCGUCACAUCCCAUCUACUACACAAAACCUGUUGGAUUUCCCUAUUUCCAUUUGCAGCUUUAUUGCACAACCUCAUUUUCCUUGGAUGGAGCCUAGCCAUUCAGCCCUAUCAAUCAGUGGACCAGUUCUGUCGGAACUAACUUUCACAUGGGCACACAAUGCUUUUCCAGCGAAGGCAGCAUGCUGCCAGAUCUCUACUAUGUCUUCAAUCAGGAUCCCUGCACUGUGGCUGCCUCAAUAUGGCACUACCAGAGGACUCGUCUGCUUCCCUUUGGAAAGGCCCAGCUCUUCCAAGUUAACCCAAGUCUGCACACUGAGCACUGCUGAACCCGCCAAGUCUCGGCUGACUUCAUGUUUCUCUAGAGAAGCAGCACUCUGCCAUAUAUCCCAUCAAACCGGAGACAGUUCAGGAACUGGUGAAGUCUCUCCUACUGUCAGUUUGGCUCAGCCGUACCUCAGGAAGCCUGAAGUGAACUAUCGGUCCUCGUUUGGCCUAAGAACAUUAUCAAAAUUGUAUCCUAGUUUGAACUCUGGUCUUUGCUGUCAGACGCCCGAGUACUGUAGACAACAGCCCAGGGAUACUUUGUGCUGGUCUGAAAUACUUAAGAACAACUAGGAUGAAAUGCUGCAUUUGGGGGUGCAGCAGCAGAGUUCUGGAUUAUUCUCUGCAGUGCCUGGUGGUUCAAAAUGCCUCCAAAUCGGGCCUUAAAGUAGGUUUGGGUAUAGCAUAGGAUUCCUAGCCCGCUUUAAAGUUUAAAUCUUCAGCACUAAUUUGGUCUUUGCUUAACAACUGCCGCAGUAGUUUAGCUGGAGAUGCAAAAGAAUGUUCAUUGGAGAGAAGUACCGGUAUGUUUUUAAGUGGCUUUGCAGUGCAUAGAUCUGGUCACAUUAAUAGAAAAGUGUGAAGGAAGCAGGCCUUAAGCUGGUGUUCAGAUCCUCACUAGUACCCCCAAAUCUACUCCAACUUCUGUUUACCCUCUUAAAGUCUUGAUCUCAGUGUAACUUUUAUUAAAACAAAACUGCCACGACAAAUAGCGUUGAAGUCUAGCCUAACUGUAUUUAUUGUGUCAUGAGUAUAUUUUUAAUUUUCUGUGGCCAUAAUAGAAAAAAUAAUAAUAAUGUUAAGGGGUUUUGGUAGGGAUGUUGUAUCUAAAGAUGUCUCCAAUCAAUUGUGAUACACCUCUGAAUGUCAAUAAAGCUCUUUCAGUUUUAUACAUAAA